UGGUGGAACAGAACUUGCUCCUCCACUCCACCAUCAAACGUUUGCGGUUGUAAGCUACUUUGUUGAAGAGCUGACACAAUGUCGAAAAAAGUUGCUGUUGUCACAGGUGCUAACAAAGGCAUCGGAUUUGCAAUUGUGAAGGGGUUAUGCAAAGCUGGAUAUACUGGCGACAUUAUUCUCACUGCCCGUAACGAGAAAUUGGGACAAGAGGCUUUGCAACAAGUGAAAGCGGAGGGACACCAAAACGUAUUGUACCAUCGCCUUGAUCUGUGCGACCAAAGCACUGCGGAAGAGCUCCGGAAAUUCUUGGAGAAUAAUUAUGGCGGGUUGGAUGUCUUGAUCAACAACGCUGGGAUGGCGUUCAAAGUGAGUGCAACUGAGCCAUUUGGUGAGCAGGCUGAUGUGACCAUGCAGACCAACUACUGGGGCACUCUGGCGGUGUGCAAGGCUCUCCUCCCCAUCCUGAAACCCAAGGCACGAGUGGUCAACGUCUCCAGCUUCGUCAGCAAGCGCUCUCUGGACAAGUGCAGUCCUGAGCUACAGGCAAAAUUCCGUAACUCGGACAUUACAGAAGAGGAGCUCGGAGGACUCAUGAAAGACUUUGUGCAGGCAGCUCAGAAGGGCGAUCACGAAGCCAAAGGAUGGCCUAACUCUGCCUAUGGCACAACAAAGAUUGGGGUGACGGUGCUGUCUCGGAUACAGGCGCGUGUUCUGAGCCAGACCAGGGCAUCGGAUGGCAUCCUGCUGAACGCCUGCUGCCCUGGCUGGGUGCGCACAGACAUGGCGGGCGAUAAAGCUCCCAAGAGCCCAGAGGAAGGAGCUGAGACUCCCGUGUACCUCGCCCUCCUGCCCGACGGAGCCACGGGGCCGCACGGACAGCUGGUCUGGGACAAAGAGGUGCAUGAGUGGUGAAGUGGACCACAGGUCAGCAACAGGCAGAAAAUAUCAUCAAUGAACCAUGACCCCAUUGAAAACAUUAUCAGCUACGUUUGGCCUUCUCAGCGUUGUCAUGCCUUUCUUAGAAUGUAUAUUGUCAUAUUCAUAAAGACUGCUUUAUAGAAAAUCUCAAGGAAUUUAUUUUUUGACUUACUCAAAUUCUUGCAAGAAAUAAUAAACUAACUGCUUACUUCAAACUUACUACAAAUGUACUGUAAUGUAACAAAACUGCUCUCUGCACUCUCUCUUACAAUUUUUGAACUCUUGAACAAAAUUGAGCUGUAUCAUUCACCACAUACUGAAUAAUCUAUGUGAAGGAAUAUUUUUCUAUUAAAUUGAUCAUGCCUUUUGUAA